AUGGGUACCAGAAAUUUAAGCAAUAGCUUUUUACCAAAUUUCACCAUUGAAAAUAAUGUUCUCGUGGGUGUGAAAAGAGAUAGUAAUAAUAUAAUUGACCAGUUUGGAAGUUUUAUGAUUAAUCUAUUUGACUCGGCUCCAAAUCAUGUGGCACAGAUUGACGCUGAAACUGGACAAAGCAUCCGAUUUGAAGAAAUGAAAGAUAACAUAAUCAGAUGUGCUAAAUGGCUACAAAAACAAUGUGUAACUCCUAACGAUGUUAUUGCUAUUUGUACGCAUAAUCAGUUUGACGUGUACGUUCCAUGCAUGGCUACAUUCAUUAUUGGCGCGACUCUAAAUCCUUGGCCUAAUGACAUAACAGAAGAAUCUGUAAAAAACUUAAUUGAGCUGACAAAUCCAAAAAUAAUGUUCUGUAGUGAGGAGACGGUUCAGGUAGUAGAGAAAGUUUUAUCUGCCAAAAACUACAAGAUAAAAGUGGUAGUUUUUGGAAAUAUCAUAGGUUAUCAAUCAUUGAGUCACAUAAUGAAUGCCGAAGAUAACAAAACUGUGCUACAAUUUGUACCCCCAAGAUUAAAAAACCUACAAAAUAAGGCUGUUAUUUUGUUUUCUUCGGGUACAACGGGAUUUCCCAAAGCCGUUGCAUUUUCAUAUGGAUCUCUGAAUCACAUACUGAAUAACUGCAUCAGAAAUGCCAUGGCACCAAGUACUUGCCUAUGGUAUUCUUCCUUAUAUUGGAUUACAGGAUUGUAUUAUAUGAUUAGUUCGAUAAUUAAUAAAGAUACUAGAAUAGUUCACCGAAAAUUCACCCCAAUUGAGACUUGUGAGCUCAUAGAAAAAUAUAAAGUAAAUUGGUUUUUCAUGUCAUCUUCAAUGAUAAGUCAAUUUUGUAAAAAUAAAAUUAUUGCAAAAUAUAAUCUUGAGUCGCUAAAAAUCAUUAUGACUGGUGGAACAAAAUUAAGUCUUGACACUUUAAGUGAAUUUUCAAAAAUGCUACCACAUACUGGAGUAUAUCAAACUUAUGGAUUAACAGAAAUUGGUGGCGGAGCUUCUUUCCAAACUCCAAAAUGUAGGGAAAUUGAUUCCGUUGGUUUCGUUUUACCAAAUGUUCAAAUUAAAAUUAUAGACCGACGGAACGGUCAAACACUGGGACCAAAUCAACCAGGUGAACUGUGUAUUAAGUCCUUGACAAUGAUGUCCGGAUACUAUGGAAAUCCAGAAGCUACUAAAAAAGUCAUAGACCCUUACGGGUGGUUGCAUUCGGGUGAUAUUGCGUAUUACAAAGAAAAUGGAGAAGUCAUGAUAGUCGAAAGAUUAAAAGAAAUAAUUAAGUGUCGAGGACAUCAAAUUGCGCCUUGUGAAAUUGAGCAUGUAUUGAUGCGACACCCUGGAGUUAUGGAAGUAGCAGUUGUUUCUAUCCCACACGAUAGCGACAAUGAGCGACCAGUAGCUAUCGUUAAAAGAACCCCUGGUUUUCAGAUAUCAGAAGAAGAGCUUGUUGAAAUGAGCGCCAAAUCACUAGGCAAUCACAAAAAACUUUCUGGGGGCGUUAAAUUUGUAAAAAGUCUUCCAUACACUGGCUCGGGAAAAAUCCAUAGAAACAUUGUUAAGGAGCUAGCUAGAGCUAUGAGUGAUACCAGCAUUUGA